GCCAAGCCGCCCGAGAAAGGUGUAGCAUCCUCACUCCAGCCGUGCAAGAAACCCAUCUCUCUCUCUGUCUGUCUUUUUCGUUCUGUCUUUUUCUCCCUUUCCCCCCGAUUCAUGGCCCAGUUUUAUCCUUGGCUUCUGCUGUUGCUGUUGAGUGUCUCCUUGUGUCUCGGCUGUGAGCCUAAUGGCACAGUGCCCAAGACUUCUGGGGAUCAAGAUGUACAAGAGAAGACUGCCAAAAGCUGCCCAGAUCAAGGAGGACAACUUGACAACGGCAGUGGAGCACAGUUCAGCACAGAUCAUUAAGCCCCCGAGAAAGAAAAAGCAGGCCAGGAAGCGAAGGCGGCGGCUCAAGUCUUGGCGGCUCCGGCAGCAGCCAGGCAUCCCCCAGCUAAAAGUGCGAGGCCGGAGAUGCACCUUCCAGGCCUUCAUUUACAAGAGGUUGCCACCUCAAAGCCAAGUGAGCAAACUGAAAACUUGCUACUGCAGGUUGAAGAAUGCAAGAAAGCCUUCAAAGGCAGCCGACCUGGGUCAGUCCAGCAGUUCUGAUGUGCCAACAGAUGGGAAAAAUUUACCUGGAAAGGAGAAAGGGGAGCAUUCUGAAAAACCAGGACGUGUUAGCAAUGUGCAAGCAAAGCAAAGAAGGUCGAAGAAACCUGGCCUUAUGGAGAAGAAGAGAUAUCAGACAGUCUCCGAGUACCAGUUCGUAUGUCCAGGAAAGGCUGUUUUCCAUUGCACCAAAGAAAGCAUGAAGCAACGGUUGCGUUCCAUCUAUCUGGGGAAGGCAUACCAGAAACCACAAAAACCCAAGCACUCGCUGGUUCGGAAAUCUCGUUGCCGUAGGGGGAUAAACAACACCCGAAGGGGAAAUGCCAGGGCUAAAGCCCAAUGCCCAGUGGGAAGUGACUUUCCGAAAAACGUCAACCCACGCAUCCCACCACAGGGAAUUUCAAACCUGACGUACCAAAUCAGUAAGUUGAUGCUUGCCAGCCCUGAAAGCCUCCCUUCCAUGCCAGCUGAAAAUCAGUACCUUACCCACCGACAGCAUCAGCCAGCUCUGGAAAACACAUCCCUGCUGGCAGCAGAGGACCUUCGGAUGUUGAGUAGCAUUCCUGCAAGGCAAGGAGGCAAAGAAGGAUGGAAUGUCAAUCUGGAUUAUAACCUGGAAUCUCACCGACAGGGAAGCAUGAAGAAUGCACUUGUGUCCUUUGCUUAUUCCAAAAACCCACCAAGGCCAAGGCCCAUGUCAGCGAGAGAAUGCUACACCAAAGCUUGGCACCAUCUGUUUGGCGGCGAAGAGAAACCAAACAAGGAGGUUUCAGAGAAAGGGGAUGCCACUGAAAGUGUGCUGGAGCUGAGUGCAAGCAGUAAGGCAGCCAUCAUUCAAACCCGGAGUGCCAUCAUCAUCCCAACCAUCACUCAGUACUCCUCCGACGAAAGCUUGACCACAGAGGUGCCUUGCUUGAAUGGCACCCCAUUUCUGACUGAGAUGAAACAGGAUAGAUCUUCAAGUGCCGACUGUGGCCAAAUUGCAUCAGGGAAGGAAUGGUUGAUGGGAAAUCUUGCACAUCAUUUCUACAAGGAUAGGAGACAGGCAGACUAUUUCCCAGUCCCUGGCAACAGAAGAUUUGAGUCCUGGGGUACAGAUGCCUGGUAGGCCAGAGAUCCAGAAAACUCAGUUUUGGCACCGAAUUGGGCCAAAGAAGAAAGAGACAAAACUUGGGGCUUGCUUUAUACUCAGUCAGAGAUUAUGGAUAUGAAAGUCUCAAUUGAGCGACUUAUUUUAAAGCUAUUUUGAAGAGUAAAGAUGUUUGAGAAUUGA